CGAUUGUGAUAACUUUAUUGACUUACUUUAGUCAAGGAUUUUAGGUAAUGAAUCAUUAGGUCACAUUAAGAUGGAGUUUAUAUCGUUGAUGAAUUUUAUGUUAAACAUUCGAUAUACAGUUGGGGCUAUAAAAUCAUAAAAUGGGUGCAAACAUAUCACAAUUAGAAAGAGAUAUCGGCUCUGAUCAGUUUCCACCAAAUGAACAUUAUUUUGGUUUAGUCAAUUUUGGUAAUACUUGUUACAGCAAUUCAGUAUUGCAAGCCCUAUAUUUCUGUAGGCCAUUUAGAGAGAAAGUAUUAGAAUACAAAGCUAGAAACAAGAGAACCAAGGAAACAUUAUUAACAUGUUUAGCUGAUUUGUUUCAUAAUAUUGCUACACAAAAGAAAAAAGUUGGUUCCAUUGCUCCUAAAAAGUUUAUUGCUAGAUUAAGAAAAGAAAAAGAGGAAUUUGAUAAUUAUAUGCAACAAGAUGCACACGAGUUUUUAAACUUUCUUAUUAAUCAUAUAAAUGAAAUUAUUCUGGCAGAAAGAAGUCAAACCAAACAGACAGGUGGAAAAGGUGCAGGUGAUGCUGGGUCUCCACCAGAACCAACAUGGGUCCAUGAGAUAUUUCAAGGAAUAUUGACUUCGGAAACACGCUGCCUUAAUUGUGAGACUGUUUCUAGCAAAGAUGAGGAUUUUUUUGAUCUGCAAGUUGAUGUAGACCAAAACACCUCAAUAACAUACUGCCUGCGUUGUUUCUCUAAUACUGAAACUCUUUGUAGUGAUAAUAAAUUUAAAUGUGAUCAUUGUAGUAGCUAUCAAGAAGCUCAGAAACGAAUGAGAGUUAAGAAACUUCCAAUGAUCUUAGCAUUACAUUUAAAAAGAUUUAAAUACGUGGAACAAUAUAAUCGACACAUCAAAGUAUCUCACAGGGUAGUUUUUCCAUUGGAAUUGCGGCUUUUUAAUACUAGUGAUGAUGCUGUCAACCCUGAUCGCUUGUAUGAUUUAGUUGCAGUUGUGAUACAUUGCGGAAGUGGCCCUAACAGAGGUCACUAUAUUUCUAUAGUAAAGAGUCAUGGAUUUUGGUUGCUUUUCGACGAUGACAUGGUUGAUAAAAUUGAUGCAUCAACUAUAGAGGAUUUCUAUGGGCUCACCUCAGAUAUACAGAAGAGUUCAGAAACUGGAUAUAUUUUGUUUUAUCAAUCGAGAGAUUGUAGUUAAAAACCAUUCAACAUAACAAAAGAAGUUAUGUUAAGUAUAGUCAUUAUCAUUUAAAAUUAAUGUAAUUCUCUAAAUUAAUUUCUACACAUUUUAACUGUACAGUUGAGAUUUUAUUUCUAAAAAUUAAUAUGUAUAUGAAUUUUUUUUCUUUUUUAUUAAAAAAAUGCCAAUGCUAAACUAUUAAUCUGGGAAUUGGUUUCCUACGUAAAAA